ACCAAAAGCGUUUAUGGCAGUUGCAGGCGCCUUUUUUGAAUGAUAUUCUAUGGACAGGGCGCGUUUGCGCGCUGUUUAUGCGCGCCGAGCGCCUUGCGGUUUUUGCCGCCUGCCGCGCACGCGUUUUUGAAGGAGCGCUCAGAGUGGAAAAAGCGCUUGACGUCAUUCGCGUCUUUUUAUUGUCCAAUCGAAUGAGGAGAGAGGCGGGCCUUCCAUUGUAGUGACGGAUGUUUACAGUUGCUUGGAACAACCGGCGGAGACUGCAAUAUGGAGGAGAGUCUUGUGGUGGCUGUUUCAAGUUAUCCGGAGCUGUAUGAUUUCACCAACCGAAACUACCACAAUAUUAAUAAAAAACAACUGGCCUGGAAGAAAAUCAGUUUGGCAAUAGAGAUAUCGAAAGAGGAAUGCAAGCGAAAGUGGAAAUAUUUGAGAGACAAAUAUUUAAAAGAAAGGAGGACAGAGAAGGAGAAACAAAGUGGUGCUGAAGGAGGCAGACACAAGAGAUGGAAGUUUAUGGCCAUUAUGUCCUUUCUUGAGCCUCACGUAAAAGAAAGACCAACGACUUCCAACUGCUAUUUAAAUAGGCCUAUAGACAGUCAGGAAUCUUCAGUUGAGUCUCUCCUACUCCCUAUGAUGUCGCAGGUUGAGGUAGGUAGCAGUUAA